AUGGGAAAUAUGAAAGCUAAAUUGGGUAAAGAGGAUGAAUUUAGACCAGCAACUGGAAAGCAUGGCUUGCAUGAUAGUACUAAUGACAAUGGACAACGACUAGUACUUUUUGCUGCUGAACACAACAUGAUAAUUUCAAGCACUGUGUUCUGUCACAGGAGAAUACAUAAGAUGACUUGGCACUCAGCUGAUGGAGAAACCUGGAAUCAAAUUGAUCAUGUACACAUCGAUUAUAGGCAUUCUUUGGAUAUCCAGGAUGUUAGAACUUAUCGAGGCGCCACCUGUGAUUCCGACCACUUUUUGGUUAUUGCUAAACUAAUUGCUAAAAUUUCAAAUGCCUGA